UUUCCCAAAGCCCUCCACGUUUACCUCUGGUCUCAAACAUCAACUUGAGCCCACAGUGGGUUUUGUCCGUUGACUUAGCCACCUCUGUAUGACCCAUCUGACCUCCAAUUCCAUUCUGCAGGUAGUGAAGGCAUUUAUUGUCCUGACCCCAGAGUUCCUGUCACAUGAUCAGGAACAGCUUACCAAAGAGCUACAGCAGCAUGUGAAGUCAGUGACGGCCCCGUACAAGUACCCCAGGAAGGUCGAGUUUGUUCCAGAACUGCCCAAAACCGUCACGGGCAAAAUCAGAAGGAAGGAACUUCGAAACAAAGAGUUUGGUCAGAUAUGAGCAGCAUCAACCCAGAGCAUCUCUGUGACCUGACAGAAAUCCUUGGCUGUUGGGGUGGGGGGGGGGUGGGGUGAGGAUGGAAUGUAGAGAGGGUAAGUGUGGAGGAAAAAACCAAGACCCCAACAUUUUUGUUCAUUCAAAUUCAGUUACUGCCCUUCCUGGAAGUCUUUUGUUCUUUAGAUGGCCAUAGUGAAUUCCUGGACUCGGGUUUGUGGUAAUAAAAUAUCGACCUGAAUAACA